AAAAUUACAUUUCAAUCAUGUUACGAUACAUUUAAAUCUUUUAUCAAUCGUUAAGCGGAUAAAAUUCAUUACAAUACAUUCAUAUUUUGAAACUAACACAAUACAAGCACACACGGAGAGGUUUGAAAAUGUAAAAGUGAAUAUGUGUGAACUUUUUUCAUAUUUUUGUGCUGGUGACAAGAGAAAAGAGAAAUUUGUUGCGACCUGGCUGUCUCACUUACUAUGUGACUCCCAGAAGCCCAUAGAGACGGUGUUAUUAUGUCACCAUUCCACGGACGAUCUGAAAGUGAACAAACUGAAGAAUACCAUCUCAGAGCUGGGUCCGGUGACCGUGAACUCCAAAAAUGAACACACGAAGGUCGAGGCAGGGUUCAAUGAGGAUCUCGUCAUUUUCUGUCUCUCAGCUGACUAUGUUCAGCGCUCGGAACAUUUCUUUAAUGAUGUGAGUACUCUAAUGGAAGGAGAUGGGAAGAACGAGGUGUCGUAUUUCAUGAUGGAAGACAGCUAUCAAGACUUAAAGAAGGACCUGGCCUCCAAAGGAAUUAAAAGGGAAAAUGUUUUCUUCUUUGACGAUCCGGACGAACCAUCUAUUUUUCGAAUCCAUCGUAGAAAGAAAAAAGAAAAUUCGAAAAAGAAGACUGUUUAUGUUAGCGGUUGUUGGGAUGCCGCGCCAAUGAUGGAGCAUGUCCAAAAACUGACGUCAUCUUUCACGACUGUAGAAUGUCAUUUUCCAAGGAAAACCCGAUCCAUCGCUAGAAUGUCCAAGGAGGACUGGAGUCUCAUAACUGAUAAAAUGAUAUCAUCCGAUCAGUAUCUCAUAAUGAUAUCUGAUGACUAUUUCUAUGACGAAAUCACUUCAAUGGAAUGUGAAUUGAUAAGGCGAAGGGGUAAAAUAAUUCACAUAAUAGACGCAAGAAAAAGUAAGGACAGAGAGGUACCAAUGUGGAUACGGAGCAUGCGCAUUAUACCAUAUGAAAGAGACGACGAUGUUUUGAAUGUUCUGUUAUUGCAUCUCCUUGAUGACCAACAAGGACAUGACACGAUUAUCAUCAGUUUUCACCCUUCUGAUCUGACGAAUGCCGAGCGAUGUCUGACGAUGUUUCGGAAUGGCUUGUCUCAGUGUCAUGUCCGCCUUUCGUCUGACUUUCCAGACUCUAAAACAUUAUUUCAGCAAAUCAUGAAAUGUCAAGCCCUUAUUCUGUGUUUAUCGGAGGCUUUUAUGGAGGAUAAAAAAUGUAGAAAAGAAGUGGAAGUAGCCCAUAUGAUGUGGAAGAAACUUAUACCAAUAAAUUUGCAAUCUACUCCUGCACAAAUGGAGAGACCUGACUGGUUGAUUAAAAUCAUUGGUUACCAUCAAUACGCCAAUCAGGAAGAAAUAAACGAUAUCCUCAGUCAGAACGUUCUUCUUAGUAAAGAUAACCUUAAAAUUGAAAACUGGAUUCAACGGAAUAUCACAGUUCCAUUACAUUCAGACAUUUCUACACAAAUCUCGGCCUGUCGUGAUGGUUGUGUCAGAGGGCCCCAGCACACGAUGACGGACGCCUUUGGCAAGGUGGAAGUGUUUGCAGAGGGCGGAUUAGAAAGACGUGCCGCAAUGUAUGUUCGUCUUAGCACAAAUUCCGAUCUGAAAACCGUGGCUUCUCUGAUCAUCGACCAUUGGGGGCUGGAACAGCCACGCCUUCUGAUCUCAGUGACGGGGGAGGGAUCUCAAAUUAUUAACAACCCCAGCAAGUCCAGAGUCCUCACAAAUGCUCUCCAGAACAUCGUCAAAGAGAAAGGUGUAUGGUUUACGACUGAUGGUGCCACCUCAGAAAUCUCUAAAGUAAUUGGUCAAGUCGUAGAAAAGGAGGAUGUUAAUGAAAGACCAACAGUGAUUGGAAUAGCAUCCUGGGAAUACCUCAAGAUGAAUGAAAAUCUUGUCAUUAAACAUGGUUUUGGACGAUGGCCUGCCACCUACAGCACGCGGGAAGCCAUUAAGGCCAGUGGGGAGUACCAUCUUAAUCCUUUCUGUUCCCACUUUCUUCUUCCACAUAAGUGUGCUGUUGUCAAUGAGAAUGGCAACAGUUCCGUCAUAUCCACUGCUAGGUUCAGAACGGAGUUCGAGGAAUACAUACGGCAAGGAAAAUACGCUCUUCAAAAAUCACGUUGUCCCGAGGCGAUACCCUCUUUGCUGCUGGUGGUGGGUGGGGACCCUCUACAGUCUCUCAGUAUGGUGAAGCGCUCUCUGGAUCUCCGUAGACCCGUCGUGGUUCUCAGGGGAACAGGGGGAUUUGCCGAUACUUUGGCAAACGCAUUUACAAAAGGAAGAACUGAUGAAUUAAAAAUUAUGGACAUCCUUACGCACCCAGCUCGACAUCACUUGAGUUUCGUCAACCUUAACGACGACCGCUGUCGACUGGGUCACACAAUACUAGACGUUCUUCUGAACAGUAUAUCGGAUGAUGAACAGAAGUUAAGUCUAGCUUUGGGAUUUGAUAACAGCGAAAAAGCAAUGGAACAUGUUUUCUUCGAUAACAGAAAAACACAGCGUUUAGAGGAAUCAUUUGUAACAGACCUGAUGCUGAAAGCGAUGCGGGAAGAAAAGGUCGAUUUUGUACGUCUUCUUAUCGCAGAAUGUGUUGACAUCGAGAAAUUUCAGCUGAACAACAAAGACAAACUCUACACAUCAAAAUAUCUGCCUGAUGAACUUCGAAGACAGCUUGGAUGGGAUACAAUACCAACCAUUGAAAACAUUCGAUGCUUUGUUGUGCGAAUGAUAGCAAUGGAUGUGUUCGUGGAAUAUGACGUCAAUAUGGAUAUCAGAGAUCAUCAAGUAGAUCCAUAUUUUUACCUCAUGGUGUGGUCUCUUCUGAUGAUGAACUUACGUGAUCUCUCCAUAUUCUUCUGGCAACACUGCAAGGAACCACUUCCCUCCGCUCUGAUUGCGUCAGGGAUAUUGCGUCAGCUGAGAAAAGGUUGUCAGGUGACAAAUCGCAUCCUGGCUGAUAAGCUCUUCAAACACGAAAAGGAGUUUGUGAAGCUAUCUUGUGACGUCCUACAGGAGUUUUUUGAAGAUAAUCCUGAAGACACGGAGCGGUUACUGAUGAAACCACGUCCCCGCUGGCGAAAUCUCUCCUGCAUGGAGAUAGCAUUUCGCUUAAAACAUAGACCUUUUAUGUCACAUGAAGCCUGCAAGAUACCCAUAUACAGAAUUUGGUUUGGAAGAAUUUCGCCAGAAAACAAUUCACUGAGGAUGAUAAUUUCGGUGUUUUUCCUUGGGAUGUUUCCAUUUGUGCUGAAAUUUAUUGACGAGUUCCCUAAUAAAUCAGAAAAUCAGAAAGACGCUUCAUGCUGCAGUAGGCUCUGUGACAAAAUCAAGACUCGAAUAGUAGAAUUCUACACAGCUCCAAUUAUGCGUUUCUCCCACACAAUGGCAUCGUAUUUGCUGUUUUUGACUCUGUUCAGCUACACAUUGCUGGCUGGAUUUACUGACCACUUUCACUGGCGUGCAAUGUUGUUAUACUGCUGGGUAAUUACACUUAUGCUGGAUCAAAUUAGAGAGCUUAUUAAUGGAAUCGAAGAAAACAAAAUCUUUUUUGGUCACAAAUACCGCCGAGAACGUCCAUCCGUUGUGCAGGUAUACUUCAGAGACAAAUGGAAUUACUUUGACGUCACGAUUCUUUGUUUCUAUGUGAUAGCUCUGGCUCUAAGUUUCGUUCCAUCAUACACUGCCGUAGAAUUUAGCAGAGUUUUUAUGGCAAUGAGUCUUAUUGCCUUUUUCAUGAGAAUUCUGAAAACAUUUUCUGCUAUAGAGGAACUUGGACCCAAGUUAUGGAUGAUUGCUGCAAUGGCCAAAGACUUGAUGUUCUUCGUGAUAAUUUUGAUGGUGUUUGUGGUGUCUUACGCUAUAGCCGCCUACUCGGUGAUAUACCCAGAGUCUGUAGUUGACUGGGACCUCAUCGCCAAUGUACUAAGACUGGGUUACUGGAAUCUUUACGGCGAGCUUCUCCUAGAGGACUUGGAAGCUAAGGAACCAGACUGUUCCUUUGACCCUGCUGUCUACGGGGCGGACAUACUUCCGAGGUGUGCAGUUAAACACAGAAGACUUAUUGGGAUGGCCAUGAUGGGGGUUUACCUUUUGUUUGCCAACGUCAUGUUGCUUAACAUUCUGAUUGCUAUGUUCAGUGAUACUUAUCAACGGGUUCAGACAAAACGGAAUCAAAAAUGGAAUUAUGAAAGAUACGCCUUGGUCAAAGAAUUCCAGCGAGUCCCUGUCAUCCCCAUGCCGCUGGGAGCCUUAAUUUACAUACAUUACUUACUGAGAUGGAUCUACCGGAAGUGCAGAAGAUGCACUGUGGUUAGCAAUACAGAAAAAGUUGUAUCAGGAAAGGAUCUGAACGAGAUUGAAACGAUAAACUGUCUGGAGAGAGAGUGUGUUUACUUAUUUAUGAAAAAGAAAACAGAAGAAAGUGAUGCCCAAAAGCAGAUAACUGUACAAGACAUCUCCAACAUCGUCAGCGAACAACUCACAAUGAGAAUAAACAGAUUGCAAAGCUUUACAGAAACACAGCUGAUGUCACAGAUUUCAGAAUCUCUAAAAUGAUUUUAUGUAAUAAAAUUACUGGAAUUAAAUACAUUUG